AUGGGUUUGUACCCAUACCCAUUUACUUUGAGAGACCGCCUCCAAGACUCGCUUCGGAAGUCGGGCGAGAUUGAGAAGAAUCUUUUGGAAGAGCAAGACGCAUUGAGCAAAGAGGUAGUUGCCUUGAAGUUGGAGAAGACCGCUCUGGAGGAGAAGCAUGAAGCGGAGGUGGCCGCUGUCCGGGCCGAGGCGGGCCCCGCCUACCUUAAGUCUGCAGAGUUCUUGGCCUAUGAUAAGGCAAAAUAUAAGGAGGUGGUUGGCAAUGUGGUGGCCGCCAUCCGUCAUUUGUUCCGUGAGGAGUGCUCCGAUUUGGGUUGGGACUCUGACCGUGUGUGGGAUGCGGUUGGUCAGUGGUCCUCCUUGGAUGUGAAUUCGGAGGCGGAAGAAUCGGAGGAGGAUGGAGAGGACACCGAGCAAGGUGAUGCGGAUGAAGGAGGAUCUCCAGCGAUCUGA